AUGACUACAGGACGUCUUGCUGGCAAGAAUGCCAUCAUCACCGGUGCCGCUGGAGGCAUUGGUCUCGAGACCUCGAUUCUCUUCGCCAAGGAGGGCGCCAACGUUCUCAUGUCCGACAUUUCCGCCGAGGCCCUCGAAAAGGCACGCGCCAAGGUCAAGCAGCUUGUGCCCAACGCCGGCCGCGUUGAAGUCCUGAAGUGUGACGUUUCCAAGGAGAGCGAGGUCAAGGCCAUGGUCGACGCCGUCGACGCCUGGGGCGGUCUCGACAUCCUCUUCAACAAUGCCGGCAUCAUGCACGCCCAAGACGCCGACGCCGUCGACACGCCCGAGCACAUCUGGGACCUGACGCAGAGCAUCAACGUCAAGGGCGUGUGGUUUGGCUGCAAGCACGCCGUGCUCUCGCUGCGCCGCAACAACAAGACGCGCGCCUCCAUCAUCAACACGGCGUCCGUCGUCGCGCUCGUCGGCGCCGCCACGCCGCAGCUCGCCUACACGGCGUCCAAGGGCGCCGUCCUCGCGCUGACCCGCGAGCUCGCCAUGGUGCACGCCCGCGAGGGCUUCCGCUUCAACUCGCUCUGCCCCGCGCCCCUCAACACCCCGCUGCUGCAGGACUGGCUCGGCGACGACGAGGCCAAGCGCGCCCGUCGCGAGGUGCAUUUCCCCGCCGGACGCUUUGGCGAGGCCGUGGAGCAGGCGCACGCAGUCGUCUUUUUGGCGAGCGACGAGGCGAGCUUUGUCAAUGGUCACGACUUUGCGGUUGAUGGCGGCAUGACAAAGGCCUACGUAACGGCAGAGGGUCCGGCGCCCGCGGCGCCGCAGAACAAUGCUGGAAAGGACUCUCUAUACAAGUUUGGAUGA